UUCAGACAUUCAUGUUGUGGCCAGGCUGGCAGUCAGACGUGUGGAUCGCAGUCCGGAAAACGAUUAGCCGAUAAACCGAGCCGAGUCCAGUGCAAAGUGGAGAAAAAGUCUCACACAGUUAUCUCGCCGUGGAGUUGCGUCCGUGAACGGUUAGCGGUUGCGGUUAACGGUCGGGCUUUUUCGGGGAAAACUCGAAAGUUAACCCAUUAAUUGGCUGGCAAAGUGCUAAAAUUCCUCGGGCGUUCGCGUGAGUGAGCCGCAAUAAUAUCAAUAAAUUCCUUAACAAUAACUAUGCCAACUGCAGCGCAGCUCGGCGCCCCGUUCGCUGGUUCGUUCGUUCGUUCUAAACUAAGUCUAAACUAAUCCAAACUAAACCAAGCCAGAGACCAAACAAAAUAGAGAAAAACUUGUUGAGGUACUUGAUUGAUGUGUGUGCCCAAUUGGCUGCCGAAUUGAGCGAGCGAAAACGAGAAGGAGUCUUCGCUGUGCCUGGCAAAAAGGCAUGCAUCGGCUUGCCCAGCCUCAGCUCAACUGCUCAACUUGUCGACUUUCGGCCCAAACCGCUGACCAGGCCAGGACUUCCCCGGAUCCAGGACGAAACGGGACGAACACCAGAUCCAGAACAGAACGGGACACGGACGGGCCAGUCCUCAGCCAUGGCUGCUGAAUAAUUAAUGCAGUUUCGCUCUUCGGUGCUCGGCAAACGGCAAAACUAAUUUAUGGCAUUAAAAAUGCAUAUUUUCUAGCAGUGCGUCGCCAGUUUUUAUCAUUUGCCAGAAAGGCAAAAGGCGCAUUCCACCAGCAGCUGUGCCGGGAAAAAAAAGGGGAAAGGAAAGCCGAGCUAAGACGACACGUUGGUCGAAAAUUGGAUUUGACUGCGGACGAGGCUGCGUCAGAGGAUUUUGAAUCCCAGUCCCAAAGUUCUUUAGUCAGCAUUCUAAGGAACAUAGGAUAAUUCACUUUUUUUUCACGGGACUGGCAACGAAAUGGCUUUCCUAUGUGCACAGCAGGCCAGACUAAUGACAUGGCGACCAUUGGUGACAUAUCGAUGAUCUCACCGCCCACGUCUUCCAUCUCGAACGAUCAAGAUCCGUUUGGACAGCUGCCACCGCUACCACCGCCACUGCGUUCCACCCAAGUGCUCCAGCCGCUGAGCGUGUUUCCAGUGUCCAAUUUGAGCGAAGAUUCCUACGAUUAUGUUUUUGGUGGUCGACGUAAGACUCCGCCCACAACAACGUCAACACAACUCAAGCUGACCUCACCGCCCGUGCGUUUGCGACCCGAAGACGCCUAUCGCGGAGCUAACAUAAACAACGGAAGGUUCUAUCGUCACUCCUUCAGUUACGCCCCCAAAAGGCAGCGCCACUCGAGUCGGGAUGAUCGAGACCGCGAGUCUAGGUUGAGAUGUCAUGGCGAGGACGAGGCCACACUGCGCCAAUUGCUGCUCGAUUUGCAAAAGCAAGUUAGCGUGAUGAGCAUGAAUCUGUCAGCGAAACUCGAUGAGCUGCAGCGGGGAGAUCGACACCUGGAGACGACGGUCGCCCUGUGCGAAAUCCGCACCCAGCUCCAGGAGCUGACCAAGUCCGUGGAGAGCUGCCAGAGCGAAGUGUCCGAGGUGAAGCGUGAUAUGGUCGCGAUCAAACACGAACUGGACACCGUGCAGCAGGUGAAGGAGGAGAUCGAGGAGCUGCGCGAGUACGUCGAUCGACUGGAGGAGCACACGCACAGACGGAAGCUAAGACUUUUAGAACAAGGUCUCACCUUCUUCCUCACCUACUCGAUUUUCUCGGCGGUGCUGGGCAUGCUGCAGUUUGGCUACAACACCGGCGUGAUCAACGCGCCCGAGAAGAACAUCGAGAACUUCAUGAAGGACGUCUACAAGGACCGCUACGGCGAGGACAUCAGCGAGGAGUUCAUCCAGCAGCUCUACUCGGUGGCGGUCUCCAUAUUCGCCAUCGGCGGCAUGCUGGGCGGUUUCAGUGGCGGCUGGAUGGCCAACCGCUUCGGCAGAAAAGGCGGCCUACUGUUAAACAAUGUGCUCGGAAUUGCCGGCGCCUGUUUGAUGGGAUUUACCAAAGUUAGUCAUUCCUAUGAAAUGUUAUUCCUUGGCCGAUUUAUAAUUGGUGUUAAUUGCGGCCUCAACACGUCGCUGGUGCCCAUGUACAUCUCGGAGAUAGCGCCACUGAAUCUGCGCGGUGGCUUAGGUACUGUUAAUCAAUUGGCUGUGACUGUAGGUUUACUAUUAUCCCAAGUGCUGGGCAUCGAGCAGAUCCUGGGCACCAACGAAGGCUGGCCCAUCCUCCUGGGUCUGGCCAUCUGCCCGGCAAUCCUGCAACUCAUCCUGCUGCCCGUCUGCCCGGAAUCGCCCAGAUAUCUGCUCAUCACCAAGCAGUGGGAGGAGGAGGCGCGCAAGGCCCUGCGACGACUGCGAGCAUCUGGCUCCGUUGAGGAGGACAUCGAGGAGAUGCGGGCCGAGGAGCGGGCCCAGCAGUCCGAGAGCCACAUAUCGACCAUGGAACUGAUAUGCUCGCCCACCCUGCGUCCACCACUGAUUAUCGGCAUCGUGAUGCAGCUGAGCCAGCAGUUCAGCGGCAUCAACGCUGUCUUCUACUACUCCACGUCGCUCUUCAUGAGCUCAGGAUUGACUGAGGAGAGCGCCAAGUUCGCCACAAUAGGCAUCGGCGCCAUAAUGGUUGUUAUGACCCUCGUGUCCAUUCCACUGAUGGAUCGCACUGGUCGCCGGACCCUGCACCUUUAUGGCCUGGGCGGAAUGUUCAUCUUCUCCAUCUUCAUCACCAUCUCGUUCCUGAUCAAGGAAAUGAUCGACUGGAUGUCCUACCUCUCGGUGGUGGCCACCCUCGGCUUCGUCGUCUUCUUCGCGGUGGGACCCGGCUCGAUUCCCUGGAUGAUCACCGCGGAGCUCUUCUCCCAAGGACCCCGGCCCAGUGCCAUGGCCAUCGCGGUGCUGGUCAACUGGAUGGCCAACUUUGUGGUCGGCAUUGGUUUCCCCAGCAUGAAGACUGCCCUGGAGAACUACACGUUCUUGCCGUUCAGCGUUUUCCUGGCCAUCUUCUGGAUAUUCACCUACAAGAUGCCCGAGACCAAGAACAAGACUUUCGAGGAGAUUCUGGCCCUCUUCCGGCACAACAACGGCAGGAGUAUGCUAAACUGCACAAAUAGCUUGGAGCCACAAAGUAUGAAUUCUGGCAUCGAGCAUGCCGCCUUGAUGGUAUCUGAGGAGAAGACCCAACAUGACUCACCUGCAUCCGAGCGAUUUUUAGAAGGCGGCCGAAGUACACACCAGGGCCGGAGCGCUGCCUCUGCGCCCCAUCACCCUCGUCAGCCUCCACCUGUCUGCCCGAGCAGCGGGCCUUGACUGAGGAGCGCCUCGCCUCCUGACUCUGCCAGUGUUCGUUCCACGAGUCGCGCUGAGGAGAUGCCGCCACCCCGCAGCAGCAGCCGGCAGCAACUCCACCAGACGCAUCAGCAGGUGCACCACCAGACCCGCUAUCCCACACACGAAUACGUACACUGUAGCUAUGAGAAGGAAGUCGUUUGUGAUCAGGCCAAUCCCUCGCUGGCCGAAGCAAUAGUGCCAGUGCAGCCGUUACCGUUCCAGCCACCGCCAAUAUCGCACCACUGCCAGCAGCAACGCAAGCACAGCCACAGCCACAGUCCGCACCACAGUCGCCACACAUCGCCGCAUUCGCCGCACCACACGACGUCAUCAGUCAGCCAGCAGCAGCAGCAGCAGCAGCAGCAUCAGCAGCAACAGCAGCACCACCAGCACCACUCGCACCACAGUCGCCACCGCCGGAGGAUGCGCCAGGGCAGUGGCAGUCUGCCGGGGGCCCACCAGUCGUCGGCCAGCCACUCGGUGGUGCGAGCGCCCAUCUGCAAUAGUCGACGCCACCGCUCUGUGACGGAUAUAUCCCUGAAUGCCUGCCAGGAUCCAGCCUGUUCGGAUAGGGAGGUGCAGGAAAUCCUGGUCAGGCGUACCUGUUGCAACACUGCCACCAACAGCUCCUCGCGCACUGAACUGGCCCAGUGUUUUGCCGAGGAGCUGUAUGGAUCCUCGCGCAGGCCAAGUAGCUGCUGCACCAGCUCCGAUUACUGCUACCAGACGGACUCCACCAGUCUGUAUGGCUCGAGAUCUUCGCUAAGUCGCAACAAUUCCAUCAAGUCCGCUUCGGCGGUGGCGGUGCGCAAACAUCACAGAAGUCAGCGAAGUUUGUUGCCAGAGCAUCGCCAGCCCAGCUACACUUCGAUAUCGUUGAGGGGCCUGAAUGCCAGUCGCCCCAACAGCCAGUUGGGUUCGCUGACAUCGAUUUUCGAUCGUGCCAAGAACAUGGCGCCCGACCAGGGAUCCACUCUCGAGCGUCAGAGUUCAAAGGGCGCCCUGAGCAGCACCGAGCUGCCCGAAUACGCCUGCUCCCCCUCGCCCAUUCGCUGGAGCUUCCUGGCCGAUGGCCGUUCGCCCUCCGAACUGGACGGAGCUGUGGGCGGCGGUUCGGGAGGGCUGGAGGAUGAAAAACUGGAUGCCUGGCAGGUGAACGAACCGGAGCCCGAGAAGAAACCCUGCAGGAAGAUGACGACCAGCAGCACCUCCGUGUACGAUGAGGGGCCCAGCACUUCGGCGGCAGCAGCGCGCAAGCGUCGCGGCAGCAAAGGGAGUCGCGGCAGCAAGGGCAGUGGCAGUGGCAGUGGCAACUACCACUGCGAGUUCGAGGACGAGGCCACCACCACUACCACCACCACGGUGAUGUUCCAUCAGGAUGUCGGCGAGGCGUACAACAACUGCUGCAGCAACACCAAUUACAACUACAUACAGUGCAACAGCUACUUGGAUCAGGAUCUGCAGAUCACCAGCGAGGACAUCCAUCAGUAUUUGUCCAAGGGCGAUGCCACGGCCAGUGAUAUACUGAACAACUCGAAGAACUAUCCCUUUCAGCCCUCAAAUGCUCUAGAGUUUCAGUACAAGAACAAUUUCCAACAGGGUCAGAGUGCCAACAACAAUAAUACGAAUACGAACACAAACACCACCAAUACGGCUUCCAGUGAUGCGGCCGAGUGUUUCCAGAGCUACAGGGCCAGCUCGAAGGAGACGAAUCUGAACCAGAGCUCCACGGAACAGCUGUCGCCCACAGACAUCAACCUGUCGACGAGCUCGAACAACAUCAACAUUGUGUUCAGCAGCAGUCUGGAGAGGAAUGCCAACGAGGUGAAGUUUAUCAACAACAGAAGUGCUGGUGCUGGCGGUGGUGCAGCUGGCAACUCCGAGGUGGGCUGUGAGGGCCAUCAUGCCGGGUACUUGCCGUACACCUAUCCCAGCUAUGACUACACCAACAUGUCGGGCAAUUCGCACUUCGACAAGCCACUGGGCAUAGACGAGCUGCCCAAGGAGUUUGCCGGGGCCGGUGGCGGAGGUGCCUCCACCACCAGUGAGCACUCGUCGUCGCUGCCAUCGCCGCAACCGCUGACACACCACCAGCAGCUGCACCACUUUGAGUCCUUCGACGCCGCCUCCGAGCACAACUUGCUGGCCCAGCCCAUGUCGCCGGGAUCCCCGCUGUCGGGGUCCAUUAAUCCCGCUGGGGAUGAUUUUGUGCAGAUGCAUCACUACCAUCAUCAUGCCACCUCACCACCACAAUCGCAAUCGCAAAAGCACUCUCAAUCGCUAAGGCAAACGCAAACGCACCCGCACCACAGCCACACCCAUGCCCACGCCCAUGCGCACCAACACCAGCAGCAGCACCACCUGCUGAGCCACCCGAGUGGGUCGCACCACGCCUACGAUCUCACCGAGGAGCAAUUCCGCUUGGGAUCGGCCCUCAAACGCGUGCGCAAGCGAGCACGCAAGUACACCGACUUCCUGCGCAAGAAGUGAGCGGAACCGGGACUCACAGUGCAUCCCGCCUCCUCCUCCUCCUCCUCUGCCCUCCCUUUAGAUUCACCCUACUUCGGCCGCAAGUAUCUGGUGGUCUCGAAGCGCCGAUCGCAGAGCCUGGACGAAGACUAAUCACGUGGCGACUGGACAAGCAAUAAUCACUAAAGCAGCGCUGAUGGACAGCCCGAUGGACAGCCCUCGAUCAGAAGCGUACUUAAAUUUAAUUACAAUUUUUACACUGCCAAAAAAUUAAGAAAAAAUUAAAGUUAAUUUUGUGCUAAGCCAAAACUCUGUUUAAAGCGAGGAUCACACAGAAACACAAACACAGGCACAAUGGGGAGGGUGGAUUUUUAAGGGAAACAUAAAGCGGGAAUAAAUGUUUUUCUUUAAAAUUAUAGGGAUUACCUCUCCAAAUUUACAAUUGAAAAGUCAAAAUAGUUAAGAGGUCUAACGAGACUAGAUAAGAGUAGAAAAUAUCAGGUUUUCUUUAGUUAGAAAAGGUAAAUAAAAGCUCCUAUUGUGUUUUCAAUAGAUCUUUUAACACCUGGCUUUAUGUUUACCCUCGAGAGUUUCACUCCCCCAAAUGCACAAAUCACACACACACGAAUCACAUCGGCUACAAACACAAGAGGAAGAUGAACAACGACUAUUUUAAAUAAUGAAAAGAAAUACUUAAGCUAACAGUGCGUAUACAUAAUAAAUACAAGCGAUAGGUGAGAAGGACAUUUGUAUAUUCAACUUAAACAUUAAGCGAAGGUUUUGCAUUUGCAUAUUUAAAUUGACUAAACCCAUAUACAUAGUUAAGAGCCAAGGCAAAUGGAAAUAAUAAUGCACACCUACUCAAGCCUAGAUGAUAGAGAAACCAAUCUAAAAUACCAGUUAAAGCUAGCUAUAAGAAUGCGAUGGAUCAGAUCGGAGCAGCGCCACAAGAUUUAGAGUUUCAGCAACCGCAACUGCAAAAGCAACUGCAACUAAAUAAUAAUAUUAACCAUUAAUUAACAACCGAAAACGGAAAGACAACAGCAACUGUAGUUUGGCACACUAAAGGCAAAAGUUUAAUGUUAAAAGGGAAAAAAAAGAGUUAAGAUUACACAGAAAAGUGAGAGUUUUGUUAGCAUUUAUUUGAUAUGCGCGUUUUUUCAGGGACUGCUUGCGAUUUUUGUAACAAAGCAAUAAGCCGUUUUGCUCAAGGAUUAAAUACGUUUACGUUUUUUCCCGACCCCACAAAUCUUUUCGAUUUCCGCCAGAUUCGUUUCAAGUGUAUUUUUAUCCCCAACAACUGUCUUCCAAUUAUAUUUUCUAGUCGUAUCUCUCUGUAGCCUCAGUUGCUUUCGAAAACUCAAAUAACUAAAUGUAAACUAAGCACUCCAACUUAAUUUAAUGGCCGUUGAAUCAGACGUACCUUGCGUGAGAAUAAAACGAGAAAAUUGUAAAUAACUGCUGUUAAUUAAUUAAUAACCUAAUUUACGAGUAACUAACUAAAUGAACUUAAUUUGUAGUCAUUAGCCGAGGCGAAUCAUUAUUAUUAGUGAACCGAAAAUAAUAAAUAUAAAUGCACUGCCAAAAACAAAGGUUUUAAAUAAAUGAACAACAACAAACAAGAACAAGAUCGAAGUGGAGACACCAAAAACUCCAAAAAAAAAAACAAACAAAGACGAAGUUCGCAAAACCAAAUCGAAAAUGAAAACUGCUGUAAAUAUAAGAAUGAAUACAUAUAGAGAAAUCAUAGACAUUUUUUAAAGGCACAUUAAUUAACGAGGAGCAUGCAAUUUGCAGAUUUUCUACAUUAUUUUAAUGAACUAAGCAAAACAAUAAUGAGUUUAAAGGAAUUACGAAACCAAAAAAACCAAAACAAACAAAAUUAAAAAUGCCAAGCGGCCGCGCGAUUUUGUAACAAAAUCAAAAGACAGAAUGUUAACAUUGCGUAAAGUUAAAUCAAGCAAAAAGUAUAGACAUAAAAACAGACAACACUAAAUGGCAACAACCACCCAAACACGGCACCGGAAAUAGAAGCGGAAACGGAAACGGAAACGACUACUUGGUUGUGAGUUCGAUCCGAUGGUCUGGUGAAUAACUGGUCUUAAGUUGUGUGCACUAUUCGAACUGUAAAUAACAGAUCAGAAGACGUAGCAAUUAGCCGUAAAUACCACCCCCAAACAAACAAACAAAAACAAAAAAAAAAAACGGACAGAGUUACAGACAUUAUCCAGUAAUAGGAAAUCGACUAUGGAAAAUAACUAAAUCCGAGGCAAACCAUUUUCAAGUUCACGUAGCCAAGACACAAACUUGCCCGAAAGUUACCCAAAAGACCCUCGAAUCGGAGAGAUUUCGAUCCAGGGCCACGAUAAUCACACACACUCACCACAAACCAAAACCAGCUGCAAGAACUAGAGAGAUGCCGUUUGAAAUAUAUAUAGCUGAAUUAACACAAUUAACAAUGACAUAAUGCCCUAGCGAUUUUUUUUACCUGUUUGUAUUUAAGUUUGUGGUUCGGAUAUGUUCUAGCAUUUGCCAUAGCCACAUAUAGUUGUGUACAUAACUAGUUAAAAUUGUGCAUACAGAACGGUUAUCUUAAGUAUAUAGAUACACGCAAAGGUGAAUAUUAGAGAGUCCCACACAAAAACAAGCAAACACACUUAAAAACCGAUACUGACUUGACACAGAUUUAAAUUCUGGUACACUGGGAGAAUCGCAAGCCCCAAUUUAGGGGCUGGAUGGAGAGGACAAUGCGCGGAAAAUAAUGCGAAAUAAUAAUUAUAUUAUUAAUAUACAACAAUAAACUUGAACCUAGGUAUAUGAUUCUGAAUUUAAAUAAUUUUUAGUAAAGCAGAACAAAGAAAACAAAAAGAAAAGCAAAA